AUAUUCACAGUUGCAACAAAUUAAUUAGGAAAUAUAUUUAUUAGUGCGGGUAUUAAUAUAUAAUGGGUUGCAUUAACAGUAAGUCUUUAGAAGAAAAAAAGGUUAAUAAACAAAUCGAGGAAAAGUUGGCAGCUGAAGAAAAAGAAAAACGCCGGGAAGUCAAACUUUUGCUGCUUGGAGCUGGAGAAUCUGGUAAAAGUACAGUAGCCAAGCAACUUCGAAUAAUAAAUAAAAAGCCAUUUACUGAACAGGAAGUUCUUGGAUAUCGAAAUAUUAUUUAUUUAAAUGUGUUGCAUUGCAUGUCAACCAUUAUAAAAGUUAUGCCCACUUUAGAUCCACCCCUUUCUUUUUCUAACUCAAAAAGUGGAGAUGCCGCUGAAAAGAUACUCCACACAGUUCAACAAGAUGAAAUUAACUCAGAUCACUUCCCUGAGGAGCUUGCUCAAGCUAUAACUGAGUUAUGGGAAGAUUCUGGUGUUCGUGCUUGCUGUGAAAGACGUAGUGAGUAUCAGCUUCAAGAUUCUGCGGAAUAUUUUUUUGAGAAUGUUCAAAGAUAUAAAGAACCCGAUUUUCUACCGACCCAGGAAGACAUAAUCAAAUGUCGCGCUAAAACGAGCGGGAUUAUUGAAACGUGUUUUGAACAUGAAGGCCUGGUUUACAAGAUGUUUGAUCUUGGCGGGCAACGCUGCGAACGUAAAAAGUGGCUCAACUGCUUUGAGGAUGUUACCGCCAUCAUCUUCUGUGCUUCCUUAAAUGAUUAUGACCUCACGUUACUUGAAGAUCAAAGCGUUAAUCGCAUGGAAGAUAGCCUUCAACUUUUUGAAAGCAUUAGCAACAAUAGGUGGUUUGUGAAGACCUCCAUCAUUCUCUUUCUAAACAAAAAAGAUCUUUUUGAAGAUAAGAUUAAAAAAAAACCUCUUUCCGUUUGCUUUCCGGAGUUUGAAGAUUCGAAAAGUUGCGAGGAGGCCAAAGAAUUCAUUAAAAAAAAAUUCGUAGAGUUAGCUCCAAAAGGAAAAACUAUAUAUACCCACUUUACUUGUGCUACUGACAUUUCAAACAUUGAGUUUGUGUUUCUUUCCGUCUCUGAUAUCAUCCUUCGGAAUAUCUUUGAGCAAUGCCACACAGCUUGAGGGUUGUUUCCGACAGUGUGUUAAUGUAUUGCUAUGAGGAACUGUUUAAAAGACCCCUUCCAGGUUUAUUAAUUAAUAACUUUGUAACUAUUUUUGAAUU